AUGUCAACAUAUUUUGGCAACGAAAAUGCGGGAUUACAGAUCGCGGUCAAUCACGGGCCGGUCUACUUUUCCUCUGACCAACCGAAGACCCCACAGGAGAUAGACAAUGGUUCGUAUCGCCAUGCAUCGCCUGAAUUGUUACUAAGCAUGACUGCAGAACUGCUUAGAUCGCUGGUUUUCUCGCAGAUGCUAGACCGAAGAGACAAUAUUGAGCCUCGGCAUAUCAAUACCUGCGAAUGGAUUUUGGAAUUGGAUGAGUACAAGUCCUGGAGGAGUCAGCCCCGCGGUCUAUUAUGGAUCAAACGCAACCCGGGUACAGGUAAAUCGACCAUGAUGGCUUUCCUGUAUGAGCAACUUGAACAGGAGCGUGACCAGGGUAUUCGACUUGACUUUUUCUUUACCGCACGGGGUACAGAGAUGCAGUAUACACCGCUGGGAAUGUUUAGAUCCUUGCUGAGCCAGAUUUUCAACGGCGAUUUCACCAGUCGCCCUAAAUUGCGUAAGCUGUAUGAGCAAAGAUGUAGGGAGUUUGGAGGGCAGAAGUGGGAAUGGCCACGAGUAGUGCUGGAAAAGCUACUAGCAAAUGUCAUCCUAGAAUCUACGAGUCGGUGGUAUGUGACUAUUUCCGUCGAUGCGUUGGAUGAGGCUGGCGCUGAGUCUGCUCAACAAAUAGCGGUAUAUUUCAAUCGACUUAUCGAUCGUGCGGGCAAAGCAGCCAUUUAUGUAUGCAUUUCGUGUCGAUACUAUCCCAUCGUGAAAAGUGCCCGAACUGUUGAGGUGCAUAUGGAAGACCACAACCAUGAUGAUAUUGCCGCAUAUAUUAAGGGUACUCUUAUGGACACAGAUGUUAGAGAUAGUCCCAGUGAAGAUUCAGAGAUGCAGAAGCUAUUAGUGAAAUAA